UGAGGGACCCGCCUCAGGUAAACGCUCGUCCUGCGGGCCCUCACCGCCCUCACCCCACCAGACACGGAAGACCCGAGUGCGGAGCGCCUGCCCACGUGCCCGCAGCCAGGCCGCGGUGUCCAGGAAGAUGGGGUCCCUGUUUCUCACAGACAGUGUGAUGGCGCGUGGGAGAGGGUUACAGGCGGAGGUACCGGCAUGUGUAAAGGCUUGGAGAACAUCUCUUCGCCGAGGUGGACGCCAGGAAUCUCCUCCUGCGCAGCUGUGGAAACUACACUACCCAGAGGGCAAUGCACCCAAUGGUGGCGGAGUUGAGCCAAUGAAAGCCCAGGGCAGAGGUAUUUCCGUGCGUGGGCUUCGCUUUGGGGCGGGACUUCCGGCGUCUUCCUUGUGGCGGUCAUUUUGGCUUUUCUCAGCUCGGGUCGCCCAUUCAGAGGCUCGGAGCCAGGGGUCCUAAAAGAGAAGGUGCCAGAGGCCUCCACAGAGGCAGGUCCAAGGCUUGGCGGCGGCGCACCUCGGGGUGACCCGAAACAGGCUGAGAUCGGGACCUCCACGCCUCACAGACUCCGCUUCGCCCACAAACUCCGAUGGCGGCGGCGGCGCUGAGGGACCCGCCUCAGGGUAUGAAAUUUGAGGAUGUGGCCAUUGACUUCUCCCAGGAGGAGUGGGGGCUCCUUGAUGAGGCUCAGAGACUCCUGUACUACAAUGUGAUGCUGGAAAACUUUGCACUUGUAGCAUCCCUGGGUUGUUGCCAUGGGACAGAAGAUGAGGAGGCCCCUUCUGAGCAGAGUAUAUCUGUAGACGGAGAGUCACAGGUUAGGGCUUCUAAGGCAGGUCCAUCCACCCAGAAGACCCACCCCUAUGAGAUGUGUGUCCCCAUCUUAAAAGAUAUUUUGCAGCAAGCUGAGCACCAAACAGUAUACCCUUUGCAGAAACCAGACUUGGGUGGCACAUAUGUGAGAUGCUUCUGUUUCAGUGCAAACCUUCACCAGCAACAGAGGCAUGACAGUGGAGAGAAGCCCUGGAAAAGAGAUGUGGACAGGGCCUCGCUUGUGAGGAGCUGCAACUUCUUUGUGCCAGGGAAGCCUUUCACCUGUAGGGAGGUUGGGGAAUACUUCCCAGCCACCUUGGGCCUUCUCCAGCACCAGGCCACACCCAACAGUGAGGAACUACAGAGUGGCAGCAAGAGUGGACAGGCCUUUCACAGUGAAAAAAGUCAUUACAAGUGGGGUGAAUGUGAAAAAGUUGCCAGCCACAGCCACACACUUGUUCAAGAUCAAAGUGUCUGCUCUAAAGAAGGGAUUUAUGAGUGUAACAAAUGUAGGAAAGCCUUCAACUGCAACUACAGACUUGUUCGGCACCAGCAAAUUCACACUGGACAAAGGCCAUAUGAGUGUGGUGAAUGCGGGAAAUUCUUUAGCCAUAUCUCUGGCCUUGUUAAACACCAGAGAAUUCACAGUGGUACAAAGCCUUAUGGAUGCAGAGAACGUGAAAAAUUAUUUACCCACAACUUUAGUCUUACAAAACACCAGAAAAUUCACACUGGAGAAAGGACUUAUGAAUGCAGUGAAUGUGGAAAAGUCUUCAGUCACAAAUCCAAACUCAUUCACCACCAGAGACAACACACUGGAGGAAUGCAUUUUGAGUGUGGUGAGUGUGGGAAAUUCUUUAGUUACAAAUCCAACCUCAUUGAACACCAGAGAGUUCACACUAAAGAAAGACCUUAUGAGUGCAGCGAAUGUGGGAAGUCCUUUAGACAAAGUUCUAGCCUUUUCCGACACCAGAGAGUUCACACUGGAGAAAGGCCUUAUGAGUGCAGUGAAUGUGGGAAAGCCUUUAGACAAAUUUUUAAUCUCAUUCGACAUGGUAGAGUUCACACUGGAGAAAUGCCUUAUGAGUGUAGCGAAUGUGGGAAAUCUUUUAGCUGCAAAUCUGAACUCAUUCAACACCAGAGAAUUCACAGUGGAGAAAGGCCUUAUGUGUGCAGUGAAUGUGGGAAGUCCUUCAGACAGUUCUCUAACCUCAUUCGACACCGGAGUGUUCAUACUGGAGAAAGACCAUAUGAGUGCAGUGUUUGUGGAAAAUCCUUUAGUCGCAAAUUUAUCCUCAUUCAACAUCAGAGAGUUCACACUGGAGAAAGACCUUACGAGUGCACUGAAUGUGGAAAAUCUUUUACCCGCAAAUCUGACCUCAUUCAACACCAGAGAAUUCAUACUGGCACAAGACCUUAUGAGUGCAGUGAAUGUGGGAAAUCCUUUAGACAACGCUCUGGGCUUAUUCAACACCGGAGAAUUCAUUCUGGAGAAAAGCCUUAUGAAUGUGGGGAAUGUGGGAAAUCCUUUAGCCAAAGUGCUAGCCUCAUUCAACAUCAGAGAGUUCACACUGGGGAAAAACCAUAUGAGUGUAAUGAGUGUGGAAAAUCCUUUAGCCAAAGUUCUAGCCUCAUUCAACACCAGAGAGGGCACACUGGUGAGAGGCCUUAUGAGUGCAGUGAAUGUGGGAAACUCUUUACCCACAAAUCUGACCUCAUUCAACACCAGAGAGUUCACACGGAGAAAGACCUUAUGAAUGUAGUGAAUGUGUGAAAUCCUUUAGCCGCAAAUCUAACCUUCUCAGACACUGGAGAGUUCAUGCUGGAGAAAAGCCUUAAAUGUGCAGGGAAUGUUUUAUUUCCUCACUCAGUAUAGCAACACUGGAGGAGACUGUGUGAGAGCCAUUUACCUGAAUUUAAACCUCUUUUAUUCAAACAUACACCAUGCAAGAUUGCUUAUAAGUUUCAGUUACACCUAAGGCUUUAAGGAGAUACAUUAUACUUUGUAACCUGCCCAGAGCUGCUGUUAGAUUUAUGUCACUGCCACUUUCUGUGGCUGAAGCCAUUUCACCCCUGUACAUCAGGCACCACUCCAACAGGCUCAGGAAAGCUGAACUCUGUGUUCUGCCAUUUGCUUGAGGAAAUUAUGAAUAGCCCAAGCCCUUAGCAGGAUCCUCAUUCCUUUCUCUCUGAUUUUAGGGAAUGGACCUGACCCAGGUUGGGUCCAAAGGACCUAUCCUCAGCUUGCUAAGAAGGACUACCUUUUUCAGGGACAUUAUUGUUCUCACAUCAUACUUUUGAUGAAUUUUUCCAGGUUCUAAUUUACCAACCUGGAAACUGCUUGCUGCACAUUGCUCUGGUUUGUGAUCUUUUGUAAAGGCCUCCUCUUGCACCUUUAAUUUUUGGCGGUUCUUUUCUCUCUUCCGUGGGGGUUUGGAAGCAGAAUUGUGAUCUGUAGCAUGUAGAGGUGAACAGAUUAAUUUGCAUUGCUUCCCAAGGCCUUAAAAGAAAGACUGCAGGUCUCUGUGGUCCUAAUUGGUGGACUGGUGCCAGGAUUUUCAGAGAGGUCGGAAGUCACCCUGAAGAGGAGGCCUUUGUUGUGAGAACCCCCAGUGCUUCUGUGACCAACAUGAAUUUUAUUCCCUUGUUCACAUAAUUCCCAGCACCAUUGAGGGGACCUCAUCCCCAGGUCCUAUAAAGGAGCCAUGUGCCAUGAUGUACAAAUUUUCAAUGAAAUUUUCAGUGUCAUUUAUUUUAGACUACAAGAGUCAGGUAGAACCAUAAUUUGUGUUACUGAACCAAACUCAGGUCCAUUUGCCCAUGUGCAGCACAGCCAAUCUACUGACACCAGGUUGUGAUGAAGUGAAGUACAGCAUUUACUGUAGGGCAUCAAGCAAGAAGAAUGGGCAGCUAAUGUUCAAAAGACCUGAACUCCCCAAUGGUUUUCAAGGAAGGGUUUUUUUUUCUUUUUUUUUUUGUGUGUGUGUGUGUUUUUAUUUUUUUGUUUUUAUUUAUUUAUUUAUUUUUUGUUUUUCCCUUGCUGCUUUUAAUAUGUUUUCUUUAUUUUAUUUUAUAAUUAUUUUUUUAAUCAGUCAUCAAUUUUAUACACAUCACUGAAUACAUGUCAAUCCCAGUCACCCAAUUCAGCACACCAUCCUCCCCACGCCACUGCAGUUUUCCCCCUUUGGUGUCCAUAUGUUUGUUCUCUACAUCUGUGUCUCAACUUCUGCCCUGCAACCCGGUUCAUCUGUACCAUUUUUCUAGGUUCCACAUACAUGCGUUAAUAUACGAUAUUUGUUUUUCUCUUUCUGACUUACUUCACUCUGUAUGACAGUCUCUAGAUCCAUCCACGUCCAAGGAAGGGUUUUUAAAGGCAACAUGUGGUUUGAGUGUUGCAGCUCAUGGACUUUCUUCUGAUUUCUUAGUAUUGAGGUAACAGGGUGAUGUUUUAGUUAUCUUAAUCAUCAACCUGCUAGUUCCAACCAGUCUGGGGUCUAUGUGCUUGUGGACAGCAUGUAGUCACCAUCUUCCACCUGGGUGGGGGUCUUGGUUUCUGCUGAACAGCACAAAGAUAUGUGUCAGAUUGUUGUUAUAUGUAUCAUUUGAGGAGGAACAAGGACUCUGAUUUAUUGCUGAACUGUUGUUUAAGCUGUCAUUACUUUCCUUCCUUGACUGCUUUUCCUUUGUUUCUGUAUUCCCUCACUUCCCUAAUGAGGAACUGCUUGAGUCUGCACUUUGGAACUCAGGGAAGACCUUGGAGACUAAAACCUCUUUCUACUAACAAACAAGGGACACAUGGAGGGGCUUUUGUACCCAGGAGGGCCUGCAGGGUCCUGCUUUUAUUUGAUACUCCUCAAUCCUGAGGGGAACAGGGUCAGGACAAGGAAAGGAAUACAGUUUUGGGUAGAGAUGUUAAUCAUAAAUUUACCAAGGGGACUUGGUUUUCGGGGGGUUGGUUUUGUUGGUGCAGAAACACUGGAUUAAUAGGGAGUUGAGGAACUGCAGUAAAUUAGAUGGAAUGUUCCUCUUCUAAAAGUUCAUCCACAAAUGCUUCAGUGACUAUGUCCUGUGUGAUCAGUGUGUACAGAAAUUUUCAGGAUCUCCAUAACUGUAUUUCCUGUAGCUGAGGUUUGUGGAUUCCUAUAGCCUUUCUGGGCUGUUCCCUCAAGGGCAUUGCUCUACUGGUGGGAAAACAAGGAUAGAGAGAAGGGCAGUCCUGUAGUCCAAGGAUGUGUCUUUUGUGACCCAGUGAGCAGUUCUGUUGAUUCAAGUGGCAGCAACCUUCAUUGCUCGCCAAUAUUGGCUGCCACUGAGGCAAGGCUGCACUUCCCAGGGCAUAAGGAGAGAGAUGGUAGAGACCAUACAGGGUUGCCAACCUAAUUUUCCAAGAAAAGUGGGACAUCUACGCUUUUAUUUGGAACCACUUUUUAAGGCUUUCCUAAGAUUUAACAAAGGUUAAGGUAACCCUUGAACAACAUGGGUUUGUACAGUUGAUGUGCAACAAAGUGCACUUACCUAAUGGGUACAAUUUGAUAAGCUUUGACAUACAUGUAAAGCUGUGAAACCAUCAUCACAAUCAUGAAAGUAAAUUUAUGUAUCACAUAUUUACCUCAUGCUCUUUUGGAAACUCAUUUCCUACUCUCCUCAGCCCUACAGACCAUCAUUGAUUCAUUGAUUCACUUUCCUUUACAAUAGGUUAGUUUGUAUUUUCUAUAAUUUUAAAUAGGCAUCAUAAGAUGUAUACUCUUUUUUAAAAACUGAUUUACUUCAUGCUGCACAAUUAUUUUUUAAUUCAACAAUGAUGCUUAUAUUAGUAGUUAAUUCUUCUUAUUGCUGAGUAGUCUCCUAUGGAUAACGUCUUUGUUUAUCCAUUCAUCUGCUUAUGGACAUUGGAUUAUUUCCAGGUUUGGGGUAUUAUAAAUAAAGCUGCUUUAAAUAAUUGCAUUCAGUUCUUUAUAUGGAUAUAUGUCUUAUUUCCCAUGUGUUAAUAACUCAGACUAUUGCAGUGUAGGUAGAUGUUUUAACAUUUUAAGAUAUGCCAAACAGUGAUCUAAAGUGGUUGUUCCCUUUUGUCUUCCCAUCAACAGUGUAUGAGAAUUGCAGUUCCUCUACAAGGUAGCCAACACUUGAUACGGUCAAUGUUUUAAAAUUUUAGCCCUUGAAAUAAGUGUGUAGUUUUAACUCUCUUUGGUUUUAA